AUGAAGCUCAUCACCAAAACCCUGAGUGGAGAGGAACAGACCGUGGAUGUGACCCCGAGCACCACUGUUCGUGAACUCAAGCGCAUCAUCGCCCCGCUCUAUAACACGAGCUCCUCACACUUGAAGCUUUCGUCUGGCGUUGGGCACAACGAGCACAUGGUCGAUGAUCAGAAGACCGUGAGUGAUUAUGGUUUGAGCUCAGCAGCCACCGUGAUGCUGCUGAUCUCCAAGAGCCCCGUUCCUUUCCAAAUCUUUGUGAAGAACGAGAAGGGCCAGACCAAGACUUACAUGGUCACCGGUGAGGAGACCGUGGCUCAGCUGAUGAGGAACAUCUCCCAAAGUGAAGGAGUACCAGUGGACCAGCAGAGGCUGAUCUGCGAGGGCCGACAGCUCGAAUCUAACAUGAGGCUGCAAGAUUACAACAUUAAAGCUGAAAGCACCAUUCAUAUGACCCUCCGUCUGCGUGGGGGCUGA